UUUAAUUUGAAUAUCUGACAGGUGUCACGAAACGACAUUGUGCCAUGUGUCACAUGCAUACGCAUGCGUAAGUGCGCGACUUCUUUCUUUUUGUCAAGUUUAAUUUGCUGUUGUCGGGCUAAAGAGCAGCACCCAAAAUGAAAUUCAACAAACUGGUCACCGCUUCGAGGAGCAAAAACAGGAAGAGGCAUUUUUCUGCCCCGUCCCAUAUUAAGAGGACCCUGAUGUCAGCCCCACUGUCUAAAGAACUUAGGCAAAAGUACAACGUAAGGUCCAUGCCAAUUCGCAAAGACGACGAAGUCCAAGUAUUGAGAGGGCACUACAAGGGUCAGCAAGUGGGCAAAAUAGUCCAAGUUUACAGAAAGAAAUUUGUAAUUUAUAUCGAAAGGAUCCAGAGAGAAAAGGCCAAUGGGGCCAGCGUUUACGUUGGAAUCCAUCCUUCAAAAGUAGUGAUUGUUAAAUUGAAAAUGGACAAAGACCGCAAGAAAAUCAUUGACAGGAGGGCCAAGGGACGUUUGGCAGCUCUCGGCAAAGAUAAAGGAAAAUAUACUGAAGAAUCUGCUGCUGGCGCAGUAGAAACAUCAUAAGUAUAUUUUAUUUUUAUUUAAUAAAUAAGACAAAAAGUUCAUUUUGUAUUUUAUUCACUAUAUGAUUAUAUAGAUCGAUAUUC